CGGCUGCCGGGGCCGCGUCGCCGGCGCGUCCUCCUCCCGCGUCGCCGCGAGCCCGUGCCGUCGGCCCGCCGCGCCGGCCUCUGCCUCCGCCGGGUGUGGGGGAGCGCGCUGUGGCGCUGCUCGGCCCAGGCCGGCCUUGCGAGGGCCCUAGGAGGGAGAGCCGGUGCGCCCAGAAAACGUCAGGUCCUAGAGCUGAAGCAUCACGGCUGUUGCGCCGCCUCCCUCGUUUGGAGGUGGCCCUCCCUGCUCUGGUCUAGGUGGGACAGUGGACCUGUGCUGCUGCUGAGUGUAAAGGCCUUGUGCCGUCCCCAAAGCACCAUGAAUGCCAUCGUCGCUCUCUGUCACUUCUGCGAGCUCCACGGCCCCCGCACUCUGUUUUGCACAGAAGUCCUGCAUGCCCCACUUCCACAAGGCGCUGGGACUGGGGACAGCCCCGGCCAGGGCGAGCAGGCUGAGGAGGAGGAAGGCGGCAUUCAGAUGAGCAGUCGGAUCCGUGCCCACAGCCCCGCAGAAGGGGCCAGCACUGAGUCCAGCAGCCCGGGACCCAAAAAGUCAGACAUGUGCGAGGGCUGCCGGUCACUUGCUGCAGGGCAUCCUGGGUAUAUCAGCCACGAUAAGGAGACCUCGAUUAAAUAUGUCAGUCACCAGCACCCCAACCACCCCCAGCUCUUCAGCAUUGUCCGCCAGGCCUGUGUGCGGAGCCUGAGCUGUGAGGUCUGCCCUGGCCGCGAAGGCCCCAUCUUCUUUGGGGAUGAGCAGCAUGGGUUCGUGUUCAGCCACACUUUCUUCAUCAAAGACAGCUUGGCCAGGGGCUUCCAGCGCUGGUACAGCAUCAUCGCCAUCAUGAUGGACCGCAUCUACCUUAUCAACUCCUGGCCCUUCCUGCUUGGGAAGAUCCGAGGAAUCAUCGAUGAACUCCAGGGCAAGGCACUCAAGGUGUUUGAAGCGGAGCAGUUUGGGUGCCCACAGCGUGCCCAGAGGAUGAACACGGCUUUUACGCCAUUCCUGCACCAAAGGAAUGGUAACGCCGCCCGUUCACUGACGUCCUUGACAAGCGAUGACAACUUGUGGGCAUGCCUUCACACCUCCUUUGCUUGGCUCCUGAAGGCGUGCGGCAGCCGGCUGACUGAGAAGCUCCUGGAGGGCGCGCCCACCGAGGACACCUUGGUCCAGAUGGAGAAGCUUGCGGACUUAGAAGAGGAAUCAGAAAGUUGGGACAACUCUGAGGCUGAAGAGGAAAAAACCCCUGUCUUGCCGGAGGGUGCAGAAGGGCGGGAGCUGACCAAGCGCCCAACGGAUUCUUCCCUGCUUUCAGACUGCGGAAACUGGCAACCGCGAAAGCUGUCUGUCUUUAGGUCCCUUCGGCACAUGAGGCAGGUCCUGGGUGCCCCAUCUUUUCGCAUGUUGGCCUGGCACGUUCUCAUGGGGAACCAGGUGAUCUGGAAAAGUCGAGAUGCAGACCUUGUCCAGUCAGCGUUUGAAGUUCUUCGGACCAUGCUGCCGGUGGGCUGUGUGCGCAUCAUCCCUUACAGCAGCCAGUAUGAGGAGGCCUACCGCUGCAACUUCCUGGGGCUCAGCCCGCAGGUGCAGAUCCCCUCCCACGUGCUGUCCUCAGAAUUUGCUGUCAUAGUGGAGGUCCACACAGCCACACGCUCCAGCCUCCACCCCGUCGGGUGUGAGGAUGACCAGUCUCUCAGCAAGUAUGAGUUUGUGGUGACCAGUGGAAGCCCUGUAGCUGCAGACCGAGUGGGCCCCACUAUCCUGAACAAGAUGGAAGCUGCUUUGACCAACCAGAAUCUGUCUGUGGAUGUGGUCGACCAGUGCCUCGUCUGCCUCAAGGAAGAGUGGAUGAACAAAGUGAAGGUCCUUUUUAAAUUCACCAAGGUGGACAGUCGACCCAAAGAGGACACACAGAAGCUCCUGAGUAUCCUCGGAGCAUCUGAGGAGGACAAUGUCAAGCUGCUCAAGUUCUGGAUGACAGGUCUGAGCAAAACCUACAAGUCACACCUCAUGUCCACAGUCCGAAGCCCCUCAGCCUCAGAGCCUCGUAAUUGACCCCACCGUGGGAGUCUGUGUCUGUGUGCACCUUCUGGGAAGUGGUGAUGAUGAGCUCAGAGACUGGCCUCUGAUGGCAGUGAUAGGCUGUCCUUCUGUUUCUGAAGUCCUGGUAUGGAGCUGUCUCCUAGCCAGGAAUGGAAACCGUUGGGGCUGAACUUUGCCCUCUGUGUGGGUUUGGGCCUGGUGUUCUUGGCACCAUCCCACAAGCUGUUUGAGUUGUUCCAGCCCUGAAGAGGGCGGUGGGAGACUCCCUUGCAUCUGUGCACCCCUAUCAAAGAAGACUAUAAGGAAAACUGCAUCUCAUGCUUCUCAUGAACUCAGAAUUUAUAGAGAAACGUGUCAGGCCAGUCCCAACUUUGGUGUGUUAGCCACAACAUUGUGUUCUCUCUCAAGGUUAAUGUUCUAACCUUUCUAUUCUGAAAUUCAGCAAGAGUUUUCCAGGUUUUGUAUGUGCGUGUGUAUUUUGCUACAGUUGUAAAUUUUCAGGACGUGUGGUGAUCCUGAGGCAUUUGUGGUAAUCUGGUUUUGAGUUAGGGCCCUGGGAGAGGCUUUCAUGGGUGGAGUGGAUGUUUUCCUCAUCUUUGGAUCCUUUGGAAUUCAUGUUCUGAAGCCAUGUGACUGCCGAGUCUUCUGGCCACGCUCUCCUGCAUUGCUUUGAAAUUACCCUGUAACUUGAGGCGAAGCCCUGAGCUGCUUUACACAAAAAUGGUACUUUGCUGAAACGUCAGAUGGAGCCGUCUGACUUGCGUGACUCCCCGCGUGUGGAGUUGAGUGUAAUUCCGUAUCACCUUACCCUCUGUUGCUUCUUUAGACAUUUACAUUCAGCUAAAGUCAAUUUCUAGAGUGUGGGGCUUUAAGACAGUUUCAUCAUCCCAGUGUACAUUUUUAAGAAGAAUUCAUGGUUUGGAGGGGUUUUCCAGUAGUUUUGCUUAUUUGUGUGUGGUUUUCUGUGUUUGUUUAAUUUAUAUUUAACAUAAAGACUAAGUUUAUAUGACUAGGUAUGUGUACAAUGCAAGAAUACUGAAACAAAAUAAAGCUAUAUUUUUAUAAA